AUGGAGGUUUUCUUCUCACAUAUUGGUAUAUGGAGACAAAUUGUUGUGAGAUGCAUAAAGGGGUUUACUUUUGCUCCUCAUUGGAAGCUUGGUUUGGCACAUAAAGGAAACCUUUAUUUCAUGGGCACAAAGAGUGUUUUUGUGAUUGAUCAUCGUUUUGUGGUUAGUUAUACAAUUGAUUAUCCUGAAGAUGUUGCUGCUAUGAAUAUAGUGAGAUCUGGAUACUUGGGAUGCUCUGGUGGGACUUUGAAGAUUGCAGAUAUUAACAAUGAUAAUUUUAGAGUGUGGGAACUGAUACAGAUAGAGAAUGACACCACCCCAAAAAUCUUUUACCGAACAUGGAAAUUGGUGCAUAAGACCAAUCUUUCCACACACCUCCCGACUAAGUUUUGUGCCAAUUACUUCAAGCGUGUAGGGGGAUUUCAUCCCUAUGAUGGAGACAUUGUGUAUUUGCAUUCCUAUGCUGAUGGGGUUUUUGUUGCCAACCUAAGGACUAACAAAUUUGAGCACAUUCCUGGUCAUGAAAACCUUGAUAUUAGUCCCUUCCAACUAGAGCUCCCACUCUUACCUCUGAUUCCAUCUGCAGACAAUUGA